AUGGAGGGAGCGCGGAAGGCCUACAGCGAGGCAUUGCGACUCACCCAAUUCAAGGAGAUGCCGGAGGGUUUCAGUGAAGAAGUUGCUUCCGUUAGAAGGCCGACUCAGUUGAACUUGGCUUUGGUUUGUCUUCGUUCGGAUCCCACAGAACCCUUUCGAGCGCUGGAGCUGUGUGAGGAAGUCUUAGAUGCCGAGCCCGACAACCCGAAGGCAACAUAUCGCAAGGCCAAAGCCUUGAUGGAGCUUGGUGAGCUGAAGGAGGCCGAGUGGGAGCUGGUGAGGGCAUGCAAGCUCAUGCCGAAGGAUGCUGCAGUGCGGAAGGAGCUGGAAACACUGCGGCAAAGCUUUCGUAACGACAAGGCCAAAGAAGUAGCAACCUUCCAAGGCCUCUUUGAAAAGAGCCCCGGUUUUGCUUCGGAGAAUCGACAGAGUGAUUCACAGAAGCUUACAAAAGCAGAUGUGGAUGACAUUUACUUCCAUGAUGGCAAGGACAAUCCGUACGAAGGCGCCGAAAACCCGCAGGACCUUGCCCGGGGCUUCCAGGCAGAUGGCCAGUUGGAGGAUGCAGCUCAAGCCUGGGAGGUUGCCAUGGGACAGACUGCAUCAAGUGAGGACUGGAAAUCUCAUCUGACCUACGCGCUAGAGUACGGAGCGUUGCUCAUGGAUGUCGACAUUGACCGGCUAGCUUUGCGCUGCUUCAGCACAGUUUUCGAGCGGCCUGCCCAAAAUGAUGAUGCUGAAAAAGCACUGGCACAAGUGAGGCAGCACGCCUUGCUCCUCAAGUCGAUCUGCUUGUUGAAUGAAGCAGCAGAAGAUCCGCAGGCCGAAAUCACAAGCUGUUUGGAGAAGUGGUUAUCUUUGGCGCAUGCAGGUCUCAGCUCCGAGGAUGAGGCGCUGGACAGGAGACUCAUUCGCUUGCGAGACCAGCAGGGAUCCAAAGCCAGCGCAGAUCUCGCUGUGGCCCUGGGCUUGCUGCAGUUGCUGCAGGGCCAGGAGUCAGUAGCUUCCACAUUUGGUUCUGCACUGCUGGCACCAGAGGACGAUAGCUACUUUGGCGCUCCUCGGCGGCUUGCUACAAGGUGGAACAUGCUCGGGGCAGUCCUUGCGAAUCGUGGUCGGCCAGAUGAUGCUGUUUGUGCAUAUCGCUGGGCGUUGUACUGGCAACCACACUAUCCGCGUGCUCUCAUCAACUUGGCCAUGUCUGAGCUCAAACGGGGCGCCGUCCUGGAAGCUGCAGCUGCGCAGGCUGCGGCUAUUGCUGCCUCACCGAGCUGGGCCUGCGGGGAGCUUUGGUCACAGCUGGAGAAGGAAUCCCUUGCGCAGACGUCGAUUGACGAUUUAGCUGAAGCUGUGCAAGCUCGCCAUGUCGCCCGAGUUCGCGAAGUGCUGGUCCCAUACUCCAGCAACUUGGACACUUCUACGCUGCAGGACACCGCUCCUGCAGAGGUCUUGAAGGAGAUGAAGCUGAUCUCGUAG